AUGUUACAUGAACUCUCAGGGAAUGAUGCAGAGCUUUUCACCAUUCAAGAUGUCCAUGGUGUCGUGGUGAAUAAUGCACAACAAGAAUUAUUGCGGUGGCAUGUUGAAAAUGCCAAAAAUAACCCUAAAAUCAUUCGUGCAAAUGAAAAGUGCGCAUGUGGUGUCAUAGAAUCUAUUGAUCAUUUCAAUUUGGGAACAAGUAUAUCAUCUAGAGAUGUAACGAAUCUUUCAAAUGUGAAUUUUGAUUGUUUUGUCCCUGCAAAUGAAGUAGUCAAACUUUGCUUAUUUUUAGAGAGGUGGCGAUGGCUAGAAGUUGAAAAUCCUGAUGUCUUUUUGAGCAACCUCAAAUUUGGGAUGAAACCUGCAGAAGGAUUAGAUUUGAUUCAUGUGCAUCAGAUAUGGAUCGAUAACAACAUACAGUAUAUGCGAAAUGAUUGGGCCUUCUAA